AGUUGAAACGGAUCUUUAAAAAAACGGUCAAAUGCUUUGUUACAUUUUUACGCUAGAGAUACCGAGAUAUUUCACAUUCAUUGCGUACUGAUGCAAGAUUCUAUAUCCAUCAUACUGGAAAGAUUUUGGACAGAUUCUGUUCGGCUUAGGAACACACUGUAUACAGGGUAACCCAAUAGGAGAUCGAUUCAUUUCGCGUAAUGUUGUAAUUCACCGGCAUGGCCUCAUGCUAUUUGACCACUGUGUACAUGUGUGAUUUUGAACGAUGCCCAGAAAUCAUAAAGUUUGUAUUUUGAAUCAUGACUUAUUCAUCUUACAGUAUUGUUCUCUGUAGAUUCGAAUUGUACUUAUCGACAUGGAUGAAAUAUGCAAGAAAUUACCUUCUAACGUAUUAAGGGCAGAAGAAUUGCUGCGUAGUAAAGGCAUCAGAACCAGUGUGUUGGAGGAAUGGGAAAAAUCGCUUCAGGUUCUUCCAAAGGGUGGAGAGAAACAUUUUGAGCCUAAUAACUCAUGGCUCGAAAAUGUUCAGAUUGAAAAGGGACUUAAAACUCGUAGGGACCUAUUAAAUACUGAAAGGGUUGAGCGUAUCUCAGAAUUAGCCAGUGCUGAAUGGAUUCCAGCUCAGAAGAAGGCUCUUGUUAUCAAGAAAUCUGGCCAGGAUUGGUCUAGUUUUGGCACGGAUAAAAAUGGUUCCUUGUAUUUGAUACCAGAGGAAGCAUUAUUUCUUCUAGAAACCAAUUGCCUUGAACUCAUUUGGAAUGGUGUACCGUGCUCAGUACAACAAGCAUAUGAGAUUUUGAUUGAUGAUAUAGUAUGCACUUUAGACGAAUAUAGAGUUUAUAGUCAGUUAACACGUUCUGGCUACCGUAUACAGCGUUACGUUUAUGAAGAAUCAGAUAGGUACAGUAGAUUAGACGACUCUACAUCUGUUAAGAGGAAAGUUAUUGUUGAUCCUGAGAAUGGACUAAGAAUGUGCGACAGUCAAACUCAGAAUCAGCAAGUUUCAGAGAAGUUUAAAGAAACCUUAGCGAAAGAUACAUCACCAACAUUAGAUACUUCUUUAGUUGAUUCUAAUAUAAAAGACUGCCGAGAUGCUAUUGCAGAAAAUCCUAUGGAAGCGGUAGUACUUGAUGUGAUAGAACACAUUCUUUGCAAUAUAGAAGAUUACAGUAGUGUAAAUAAUUCAGCUGAUUCGCAAUCAAUAGAGAGUAAAAAACAAAAAAAUGAUACAAAUGGCGAGGAGAGGAGUCGAAAUUCAAAACUGAAGAUUAUUUCCGACGAAACUCUGCUGGGCAGUAUUAAAAUCCUGAGUGACACGACUUGUAAUCUGAAGAGGGAAACAGUCACUGCAUCGAAAGGGCUGGGUGCUCGCAUUCAACGCAACGUCAAACUGUUGCCCAAGAGGAACGAUAAAAUGUCGCAUGCCGAUGUUUCUAUAAUCGGCUCCAGUUGUGCAAGUGGAAGUCUCAGGAACUAUGGGAAACGGAAGUUGGUCGUGACGACUGAUGAAUCGCAGGAUACGAAGAAGUCCAAAGACGAGGUGAUUGAGCUGUCAGACGACGAGAUUCAGGAAUUGCCGCGCACCAUGACGAGAAUGGAGAUGUUGAAUUUGCUGCCGAAUAUCGCCUCCAAGUCGAACAUCACGGCGAAGAUUUCCAAACGGUACAUACCGUAUAACGUGAGACCGCAGAAGACCGCCUAUCAGUACAGUCCGACGAAGAUAUCGCAUAUGCAGGAGAACGAUAGGCGAGCGCGACAAAAUUGCAAGGGUAUUGACGCCAGCUCGAAGCAGAACGCGUCUCACUCCAACGCUUCUUUGAUCAAGAGCCCUGGAACUUCUGUCGGCAACGGCAGGCUUACCAGAAUCGCUUAUCAGAAUCAAUUCGCGCGCUCUAUGUACGGUGCGCCAUGCCGGCCGUUUUACUUCGACCAUCUGCAUGGGCCGAAUGUCCAUUUUCCCUUCGCGUACAACAGAUUCCCGUUCGGCUACGGCCAAGGCGCGUACUCGCUGCAGAAUCGGUUGACGCUGAUGCAGCAGAACGUGUUUCAAAAUACGCUCGUCGCCUUCGAGGAUCACGGGAACGUUCAGCAGACUAGAAGCCUCACCAUACAGAUGAACAACUUCGCGCUGCCGUUCAUGGCACCGUUACGAAUUAGGUAUCCUUUCGUGGAGAACCAGUGUCGGCAGCCGUUCUAUCAAAAUUUCUACUGGCAGCAGAGGUUCUGUCAGCGACGUCCGGAGAACGCGCCGGCGACGCAGGGAAAUGCGCAUUCCGUCGCAAAUCGCCACCCCGACGGCGCGAGGAGGAGCGGUGGUUACGAAAUCGUUAACCGGCCAUCUUUCACGACACGCUCAGGAGCCGAUUCGUGGGCGGAGCUGAAGAAGAAAUGGUACGAGGAGAAAACCAUCACGAUCGACGACGAAGAUUGUAAGAGCAUGAACGGGGGGGAGGAGGUGCAGGUUGUGGAGCAGUUCAUCAAUCCGUUGGUCGGGCCCAGAUACGCAACGUCACUCGCCGAGGUUUACAGUAAGCUCGCUAUAAUAAAAUCCGCGCCGGAGAAGACUGUCAGAAGGAAGAAGAGCAAAUACAAGAUAUCGUACAACGUGUAUUCGUGCUCUCAUCACUAUAGAAAAACGAGUCCCGGUCAACCGUUGUACAGCGUGGUAGUGAUAAGGAAGGAGAACUCGUUUCUCCAACCCGUCGAGUUAAAUCGUCUACAACAGGAUGCGAAAGGUUCGCCGAUAAUACUUGCCUGCGUCUCGAUGUCAAUAUCGUACAUUCAACCAGGCAUUAUAACGAUGCCAAACAUAAUCUAAUCCAGAAAACAUUGCACUAGCUGCAAGCCUAUUUUUUCUAAAAACAAUUGGUAAUGUGAGUAACCCUUAUUAUGUUAUACUAUGCUUUCAUUGUUGUAGUCUUAAAAAGAAAAUGUAAAUUAUAUACUUGACUUUAUAUUAUAAUAAAAACUAUUUGU